GGAAGCGCUUCCAGGGCAAUAAGGAGGCCAACCGGAAAGAAAGCCGAAGGAAAUAGGAGAAGUCCCAUUCUUGCUACCGUGGCCUGGAAGGAGCGGCGGAAGCGGCUCAGGAGAAUUGCUCGCUUCUGGGACUCAAUCGUAAUGUCUUUCAAGAGGGAAGGGGAUGAUUGGAGUCAACUCAACGUGCUUAAAAAACGAAGAGUGGGGGACCUGCUGGCCAGUUACAUCCCAGAGGAUGAGGCGCUGAUGCUACGGGAUGGACGCUUUGCUUGUGCCAUCUGUCCCCACCGACCUGUACUGGACACCCUGGCCAUGCUGACUGCCCACCGUGCAGGCAAGAAACAUCUGUCCAGCCUGCAGCUUUUCUAUGGCAAGAAGCAGCCAGGAAAGGGAAUGGACCAGAGUCCAAGACAGCAGAAUGAAUUGAGGCCGUCAGAGACCAAGGCUGAGGCUCCUCUGUUAACCCAGACUCGACUUACCACCCAAAGUGCUCUGCACAGAGCUCCUUACUAUAACAGUUGCUGCCGCCGGAAGUACAGACCAGAAACCCCUCGUCCCUCUGUCUCCCAUUCCCCUUUGCCACCCCCAGAGGUUGAGCCCGAGAGUGGGAAGAUCACUAGGGAACCCAUGCCUGGGGUUGGCCCACAGGCCAAAGAGCCAGCAACUGUCUCGUCCUCUGCACCCAUGAGCCCCACAAGAAGACGAGUCCUGGAUCAUUACCUUACCCUUCGAAGCUCUGGAUGGAUCCCAGAUGGACAAGGUCGCUGGGUAAAAGAUGAGAAUGUUGAGUUUGACUCUGAUGAAGAAGAACCCCCUGAUCUCCCCUUAGACUGACACCCUCUUUCCCCAUUUAGUUCACAAAUAAAUUUCAGCGGGCUCUGGGAGCCUAACUUUCCUCGA